UAAAUUAAUUAGUUUACAUGAAAGUUAUAACGUUUACAAAUGGCGGUAUAUAUACUGGGACUUUUUUUUUUUUUACUAGUAAUGGCGGUGAUCUGCGACUUAUAGUGGGACUGCAGUGGGCAUUCUGACACUGGGGGGAACUGACUUGGUGUCACUGAUAACCCCAGUGACACCAAUACAGUGAUCAGUGCUAAUAAAAAGCACUGACACUGUACUAAUGGCACUAUGCAGGAAGGGGUUAACAUGUGGGGUGAUCAAAAGGUUAGUUGUGUGCUGUUGUGUGUGCUAUACACUGUAAGCACACUGUUUUGUAUGGCUCUGCACAGCAGAGCCAUUCAAAGCAGUGUGCAGGAGCUGACAGGGGACCCCAUUGGUAAUACU